UGAAAUUUCUCGAAGGUGAGGCGGCCGGGCCGAGCCGGGCCGGGCCGGGCGAGGCUGAGCCGGGCCGUGCGGAGCCGGGCGCGCAGCGGGGCGGCGACCCCCAGCGCCACCGCCAUGAACCACAAGAGCAAGAAGCGGAUCCGCGAGGCGAAGCGCAGCGCCCGGCCCGAGCUGAAGGACUCGCUGGACUGGACCCGCCACAACUACUGCGAGACCUUCCCGCUCAGCCCGGCCGCCUGCAAGGAUAACGUAGAAAGGGCAGAUGCACUCCAGUUAACAGUGGAAGAAUUUGUUGAGCGUUAUGAAAAACCUUACAAGCCUGUAGUCUUGCUGAAUGCUCAGGUAGGCUGGUCUGCCCAAGAGAAGUGGACUCUGGAACGUCUCAAACGCAAGUAUAGGAACCAAAAGUUCAAAUGUGGUGAGGACAAUGAUGGUUAUUCUGUGAAGAUGAAGAUGAAGUACUACAUAGAGUACAUGGAGACCACACGUGAUGACAGCCCGCUCUACAUCUUUGACAGCAGUUACGGAGAGCAUCCCAAGCGUAGGAAACUCCUGGAGGACUACAAAGUGCCCAAAUUCUUCACUGAUGAUCUAUUUCAGUAUGCUGGAGAGAAACGAAGGCCACCUUACAGAUGGUUUGUGAUGGGCCCACCUCGUUCUGGAACAGGAAUCCACAUUGAUCCCUUGGGAACUAGUGCUUGGAAUGCCUUAGUCCAGGGACAUAAGCGUUGGUGCCUGUUCCCCACCAGCACUCCUAGAGAGCUGAUCAAAGUGACCCGAGAAGAGGGAGGGAACCAACAGGAUGAGGCUAUCACUUGGUUCAAUGUCAUAUAUCCUAGGACACAGCUACCCACCUGGCCUGCUGAAUUCAAACCCCUGGAAAUCUUACAGAAGCCAGGCGAGACGGUCUUUGUGCCAGGUGGCUGGUGGCAUGUAGUUCUCAAUCUUGACACAACUAUUGCCAUCACACAAAACUUUGCCAGCUGUACCAACUUCCCUGUGGUGUGGCACAAGACAGUAAGAGGAAGGCCCAAAUUAUCACGGAAAUGGUACAGGAUCCUAAAGCAGGAACAUCCUGACUUGGCAGCAUUGGCUGAUUCAGUUGAUCUACAGGAAUCUACUGGUAUUGCUUCUGAUAGUUCUAGUGAUUCUUCCAGUUCUUCAAGUUCUAGCUCCUCAGACUCUGAUUCAGAGUGUGACUCUGGCUCUGAGACAGAGGGAAUGAUGCAUCGGAGGAAAAAGAGGCGAACGUGUAGCAUGAUGGGUAAUGGAGAUACAACUUCCCAAGAUGACUGUGUGAGCAAAGAGCGCAGUUCCUCCAGGAUUAGGGAAUCUUGUGGAGGCCGCAGUUACCCCUGAGCGAUGAUAACACUCGUCUAGAGGCAGCUGCCAUUUGAAGCUCCGUUAGCAGCCAGCCAGCUCUGUUCUACCCCCUUCUGCUCCCAUUUCUCAUGGUCCUUAAGUUUUGUCACUUCUUCGAUCCAAACGUCUGUCUUCGUUAUGCACUGUCGAAGGUUGGCUCCUUACUAACUUGCAGGGGAAUACCCUGACUCAUUGUGCAAUGCUUUGUCCCCUCUGUGCCCCAAGUGAGUGCACUAACUACCCAGCUUUGGGUAAGGACAUGCCAAGUAUUUAAUGGUUCACAUAACUGGCAAGGAAGACAACGGUCAGUUUUUAAAGAACUCUUUUAAAAAACAGCAGGUAGAUCUAGAAACCUGCCUUGCUUUGACACUGUCGUAUGUUUACAUGUUGUCCUGUACACUUGAGGAAAGGAACACCAGCCCUCCUGGUCUAUCAGAACGUCCGACGGAUUUUGUACCAGAAUUUCAGGAAGGGAAGGUGGUAUGAAUGCUUCAAACACUGAAGUAACUUCAGUGGAGGUGACCACCUAUCUGAAGCAUCUUUUGUGGUCUUAAUCUACGUGCAUGCAUCUAAACCAGCCUGAGUAGUUUAUAAGGUGUAACACCUUAACCAGCAACAGUCCAUUUACUUUGCUCUGUGUCUAAGAUGAAUAGCAACAAAGAUGCACUAGCACCUUGCUACAGAAAGCUUGAGGGAACAGGUGAAUCUUGGAGUUUCUUGCACAGCAAAAACCAGCAGUUGCCAGUAGUUACAUUUCUUCAGGUGCAGGAGUGACGAUUAUCACUAGGCAAUAACUGGCAGGUUCUGACUCUUACAUAGUAACAAUAGUUGCUCGGCUUUAAAUACCAAGCAGUUACAGUGCCAUGGGCUUAUUCAGGCCAGUGCAGUUCAACACAAGUGAUUCUUUGAGGUUGUGGGUUCAGAAAUUUCCAGAACUAGGGGUGCCAGUUUUAAAGGACUGGGAGGGGGGCAUAAUGUUAUCCUCUUUUUUUUUUAAUGUGAUGUGAUGCUUGAGUCUGUGUAGAUGCAUUUGAAUUAUGCCAAGUGGAGCUCUCGUCCUGAAGGGAUAUGUUGGAGCUGCUGGUUUUCUUUAGCAGGGGCUGUGGUAGUGGCAAUACAGAGGUUGAUCUUGCUGAAGCUGUGCUACAAGAAAAUGAUCCUUUAUCCUCUAAUCUGAACAGCACAGCCAGAAGCUGGCUGUGUUGAAAUACUUUUUUAGGUACUUUUUUGAGACUGAGGAGAGGGCAUUAGAUCUAAUUUCAGUGUUGCUGUUUGGAAGGGGAAACUUGGAAGAGGAAGUGGUGUGCAUCUGCUAAACUGCAGUCCAGAUCCUGGUCACUUAAAAAAAGCAGAUUGGCAGCCUUAACCUUGACUUUCUUACACGUGCUGGGCUUGAUAGAAUGCAGAAUGUUACUUGUUUGGGUUUGUCCAUUUUAACUUCUUUUAACCUUUUCUUAUUUAAACACCCCCUCCCAUUUUGGAGACCAGACCGUAUCCCAUUGUACAGAGGAACCCUAUUUAUAUUUGUUAGGAUUUGUGUCUGAAUAUUCUGUGCCAGUCAGUUAAUGUAGGAGCAGCAUGGUGGUGGAAAACUGGAAGGAGGGAAGGCUUAUUGGUACACUCCUUAGCUGUCCAGACUCCUGAACUUCCUGAUGAUAAGCAAGCUUGCUACGUAGACUGCUGGAUGUUCUUCCACAAGACUACUCUAAAGAAAUCUUCCCAAACUUGCAGCAUUUCUGGCCAAGAUUGCCUUUUUUUUCUGCCCAGUUCAAAGCAUAUAGUCCUUAUCAGGUAGAGCAAGCUGCAACUGCCGCUUCUUGGAAGAGUACAGGCAAAGGCUCAGAAGUCCCUGCUGCUGUCAGGGUGAGGGGAGCCCUUUUUAGAAAACUUCCUACUGUUGUUUGAGCAAGGCUGCCUACCGUCUUGGCGGUUGCUGAGUAAGGUAAGAUGGCUUAUGUUGUAGCUUUCUAUUGCUUUCAGCACAUGUGGUUACAGCUUUACCAUCUGAAAGUCUUACAUGUUCUUGAAAGUCUGAUUGCUGUGACAGGAAAGCCACACCUGUUCCAUCAGAAGCACAGCUGGAAGAUCCAGAAUGCAGAAUACUCCUCUGUGCCUAUGAACUCUUCAGUAGCGUGAAAUAAAAUUUCAUAUUGAAGCCUGUGUUCGUUUGACAUCCCUUAUUGAAAGGCAAUGUGUUUGAAAUGAACUGCAGGCAUUGUAAUACCAGCAACGCUGUACUGAUCUAUCCACAAGGCACUUUUUAAUUUGAAACAAAGGUAUGUUUCUUUAGGUUACCUGGGAAUUGGGAGUACUGGGAUCUCUGGUUCUUCUGCUCAUGGGCUGUUGCCUUGGCCAAACCGGUGAGCUUAUGUCUUUGUUUUAUUAGAUGGAAAAAUACCUACCUCACAGGGGUGUUGUGAGGCUGAAAUGUAAUUACUGUGUAAGACGCUUUGAGGUUCUUCUCUUGCAGAAAGUACUCCAGAAAUGCUAAGCAAGCUGAGACUUUCUAAGCUGGCAUUAGUUUUUCCUACCAGAAUGCAUUAGGCAUGCUGUUCAGCACUUCUGGCCACUUGGCUCUGUAGUGGCCCCUUCAGAAUCAUUAUGGAGUAUACAAAUUGUGUCCAAAGGAGGCUGCUUGUUUUUGCCAUUGUUUUAAUUGUUGGCAUUUUGUGGCCUGUUUUAAAGAGGACGUCCUGUUAGAUCAGGAUUUUUCUAAAUUGGGCUAGAUAAUCAGAGAGUCAGCCUCACUGGCCUUAUAGGAUGGAGGGAGGAACUGGUCCUUCUGAGGCCCUUGUGCCUAGCCCCAUGCUCGUGGGGAGCUGAUGGGGGAGAGUGGUUUCUGCACGUGCUUGCUUCCCAAACGGAGGCAGGGCUCGGAGCAUGGCGGUCCGCUGAGUCCAGACCCAAAGCAGCAGAGCUGCUCUGCCUCGCUCCCCGCUAGCGCUUUGUCAGCGCGCCCCGCGGCCGUGCUUCGGGGGCUCGCGCGUUCCCUGGGCUGCCUUAGCGAGCUGGAUGUGCGCUCUGGGCUUCCUGAUCUUACCGUGCGUGGCGGUGUCGCUGUCCUGCCCGCACUGGCCGAAUGUAAGGGAUUUGUGAGCUGUGGCCAUGCCCUUAGUCCGGUAACCGAUACGGAUUUAUCUCCUGUGACAGUUCGGGAAUAAACAAAUAACUAUCCCAGCGGAGCUGUAGAUGUUAGCGACAUGUGCGCGUAGCUCGGCACCUGGCCUCCGCACAAGUGCGCCGGGGGCAGGUGACUCCCCGGGAGGAAGCGCUGGCCUACCUUCCUCCUCUCUCCAACUCCAUCCGCUGACUCCAGGUUCUCAAUUACAUUGAGCCUCUCCAAACGCUUAGGAAAAAGGCAGCAACCUCUUUCAUGAUUAACCUAGACCCUUUUCCUCCCUGAAUUCCCAGCCAUCAUAGGGCAGGAGGUAAGACUGUUGGUUGAAAUUAAAUCUGAAAUGCCUGUGUGGGCUACUCCUAAAGUGAGUUUUUGACAUUCCCCUCCGAUGGGCAGAGGAGGGAGGAAAGAAAGCUUGCUGGUUCAUGUGACAGUCACACUGUCAGCUCUAAGCCCUGCCACUGCCAUUAGAUGCUUUUAUCACCCCAUCCAGCACAGCUGGGUUAUUCUUAAUUGUCUUGUUUGGAUGAUUGUGUUUUUGCUUUUUAUUUGAAAUAAAAUCAAUUAUUUUGCAUUA